CUCGUUGUAGUGACAACUAGAUGACGAGGAAAAGGAUAAGGAGUACAUUCAUCCACAUGCUUUAACAUCCAAUCACUUUUCUGCGGCUGCGGCCACCAAUUUUAUGAUCAGCCUUGUGAACAAACCGUAAGAGACGACGCUGAUCAUCUCCUGGAAAGUAAGUACCCUCAUCUGUUGUACUACCUACGCAUUGAUUCGCGUUCUAAGUUGUUGCUUUGCGUUCAUCACCUGAAUUUGACUGUUGCUUGUUUUUCUUUUUCAAUCAAGAAAUUUUGGCGAUCCAACUGUGUGAUGUAAUCACUACAUGAUAAUUAACUGAUGAUGCGGUCUUCCUCUUUUUAUCUCGACCCCCACAAACACAAUAUCAAUAAGAAUAACAUCUAGAAAAAGCAGGAUGGGGUAUAAAAGGCAGUUGGUAUUGUCGUGGGACGAAAGAGGGUGUAGCAGUACUUGCUGUAUCGAAAAUUCGCUAUCAAGAGAGCAACACACACCUCGCUCCACCAACAAGGUCUAAUAGUUGGUCUAAUGAGUUUUUCGUUCCAAUAAUAUGCUGCAUGUGUCGCGUAUGCCAAGCCCGCGCGUCUGAGCGAGCCCCUAUGUGUUGGAUUCCGCAACGACGGUUCGCAUAGUGACUCAAGCCACGUCUACUUUGGCAUACUCGCCAGUCCUGCUUCAAUAGCAACUCUUGGGGCGUCCCUGUUGUUCUUCUUGCACUCGCAAGAACUUCUACGCAUACGUUUUUACUAGUACACGCACGUUCUUGUCGUGUUUCCGCCUUGAAGUGGAUCAAGGAGUUGGACUUUUACGACUUGCUCCAGACAUGGCACAACUCGCUUGGUUCUGAGAGAAUCACAUCUUCAAGUUCAGUGCAAAUCGAUUGACAACCACUUUGCAAUCGAGGAACACUGACUAGAACUAGAUUCACCUUGUUCUCGCCAAACUGCUAGUACUGACUGUCGUCACGACAAGGACUCGAAUUCCCGGCACGAUGGUAAAAAAAAGCAACGGCAAGAGUGAGAGUAAGUGGGCUCGUAAGAAACACACCGAGCAGCUUCAGGCCGCGGGAGUGCGCGCAGAAGCCACCGCAGGGGGAGGACUGGUGUUUACGGGUGUUGUCCAUGACGAUGCACCGAGAUACAAACUUUUUUCGAGCGAGCAGCAGCCUCAUCAAAACACCACCACUGCAGCAUCAUCCGCGGCUGUCGGUAAGGCUGCUGCAUCAUCCUCAACAAAUUGGUCCGGACACGGAGUCACUCAUCUCCACUCCUCGAAAGUAAAGACGAACAAGCCAAAGCCAGGGGCCGCGUCCAAGGCAUCUUCUAGUGGUGGAGCCGGUAAAGCUGUGAGAAAUUACAACACUAUACCUUCUUUGUUUGGUGCUGGCCAUGCUACAACAGCAGUACCGCCAGUAACUACCUCAAUUGCGACUGGAGCUGAAGGUGGGAUUGCAGGGACUUACAUAACCCAUCAAUACGUCAAGCCAGGAGCUCAACCUGUUCAGGACAAGACAACAGCUUAUUUCCACUCAUUUCAAAAUGAGAUACUUGAGAGCGGCAACGCUGAUGCCGGUGUGGUGGAUGCGGUUAUCAUCGACGCUCCCAACGUCAUGCGCUGGACCGAGGAAGAACGAAAUGGGAAAUCCACUGAUGAUGGCAGUACUCCUUAUUGAUGAACAAAAACUGAUUGAAUAUCACCAUGCUGCUCAACAUGGUCUUAGUCGAUCGGCCACCUUGGUGUUAGUAGAAAGAUCGAGAUUUCGCUGCGCCUUCAACCUAACAAACGGGUGGCAAAAGAUAUCAAAGCUUAGAUAUGAAUUUGAUUUUCAUGAUGUUUCUGCUUGUUCUUUUCAUGAUCUGUGAAAAUACCAAAAUAAUCUCUGUUUGCCUGCCUCCAGAUAGCAAAUUCCUGCUUUUGGUGAUCCAGGAGGUGCGUGCCACCUACGGCCCUGGUGUGUUUAUCGAAGUGGUGACGUAUCGGCCUACUAAAGAGAAGCUCCACCGCAAUGACGUCACAUUUCGGGAAAUUGAAAAGAUGCAACGAGUUGCGGUAAUUGCAACGCCCGCCGGUGCGAACGUGGACGAUUUUAUCCUGACUUCGGCUAUACGCACCUACACCCACCCUAAGAGCAUUACGGAGGGUCACGGAGACCAAUUACUGCAGCGAUGUCAGUGGACUGAGGACGCUGUCCUCCGCGCCAGAAUCGUCUCGAACGACCGCUAUAAAGAAUUUCUAAGCAAGAUCUCGAAUUCGGCGAUGCGAAAGGCGCUCUCACGCGCGCUCGUCAAAUUCGUUAUCAAGCCGGGAGCACGAGGUACCUAGUCUGAUAUCUUCUAAUUCUAUGGGAUUGUUGUAAUAUUUAACUAUCGUUGAUAUGAUUAUGAUUAAGAAUGAUCUUGAGCUACAAGUACUACAGCUUGCCCACGAACACAAAAACAAAUUAUAUCUUUUUCGCCCAGCUGCAGGAGCUUGCUGGAGCGAAGUAUUGCGAUACGUCUUAUUGCCAUCAUCUAUUGUUGAUCGUGAUGAAACAUUCUGUACACUACUGGUUUUCUUAUUUCAUCUUGUACUACACCCGCAGGUCCGCAAGCCUUGCUAAACAUGAUGGGAGACGACCUGCCGGAGGAGCCUGACCCCGAAGGAGAAGAGAGCGCACAACCAGGAGGAUCUAGAAUUACGAAUCCAAAAAAAUGCAUGUGCAACACUUAGAUGAACUUCUGAAUUUGACUAGAGCUAGAGGUGGGUCAAUCUUCCUGAUGUUGGAUCAUUGAAAUGAUUUUUGAAAUGGUAUUAACUAAUUGAUUUACUUAGGACAAAAGCAUAGUUGGCCUACGCGGUGCAUCUGGGAUACUCAUUGCCAAUACAUCGAUAGCUCCACCUCCACUACUUCUAAUGCAAACAAGGGCAAAGUCCGGAGUCAGUCGGCGGCCGUCCGCAAAGGUGGGGAUGGAGGGGCUGUUGGUACUCAGGGCAAGGCGUCUUCGAAUUCGAAGCGAGAGCGGAGCCGCACAGCAGAUAGCAAUAGUCUUAAAGGAGGGAAAGUGAACAAGAACAAGACACAGAAUGUUACCGACGAGAAACUGCAACGGAGGGUAGACGAACUGAAAAAAGGGGCGAAGCCUGGCGGCGAGCGCCGUAUGCAGCUCAACAAUGCUCGAACUGCGUAUGUUGUCGAGAAUGAUGACGAUGCUGUUGAGGAAGAGGAUGCGGGUGUCCUGCCAGAAAUACGUGCUGCUGCUGCGGCCGCUGCCGAGCGCACCGGAGACGCCCUAUUUGCUGCAAGCAUGGUCACUGCGCGCUCACAUCUUGAGGGUCUUUCACCUCGCUCCGUUUCCUACAGGAGUGACGAUCACGUUGCUCAAGAAGGAAAUACACCAAGCGGCGCAGACGCUAGAGCAACGAGGUCCGACGCAUUAGCCGCGGCAGCCGCCCAAGACAUACUUGGCAUACCAUCGAGCACCCCAGGAGCAGGAACCAGGCGGCGAUCGGUUGGCAUUGUCUCGGGCCGGAGCGGUUCCUCAAUGGCCAAGCGAAAUCUAGUGGACGAUCCGCGCGAUCGAGAUUUGCGUAUACUAGGGACGUCGCGCAAGCGCCGCCACGACCGCAAAAGUAAGCAUUCGAGCUCAAGCAAGCGGAGGCGAUACCUGAGCGACAGGAGGGAUGAGGAGCGGCGUCGUGCGAGGCGGGAGGAACACAAAAGAAGUAGAGCACACGCUCGCAGCGGGACUUUUGUUGAACAGUCCGCGGACAUGUCGAUCUCACCGGCAGAAGACAUCCACAGAGUAUCCCCGGAUGAUGCAGACGUCAGCGACGAAAGGCGGACAAGCGUGAGCUCUAGCAGCGGCCAGCGCCGAGCGGGGAAAAAUUUUCCGCGUAUCGCAAGUCGCGACUUGGUUUUAGAGCAUGCCGAUAUCUUGAACACAUUGAGUGAUAACGAGCAGGGGGACUCCGGGAGAAGUGUUGAGAAGUUACAGCCCAACCUCGGCACCAUUGCGUUUGGCGAUGGAGAAGUAGAUCUGGCUUCGCCACAAUUGUCGCCGAUCUGCUUAAGGGCGGGAACCGAGGACAGUGUUGUAGCGGCGCUGGAGGUGACGAUGCGCGAAGGGGACGGUGAAGUACCGAACAAGGCUGGAACAAGAAAGGAAGGACAUGAACUUCAGAGUGUUUCAGACAUAAUGAGCAAUAUCGAUUCUAACGAUGAGAGCGUGUUGCAGCGACCUGGUUUUAGGCGGAGAGCAGCUGGGGGAAGCGACAUUAAGCGAAAGCUUGUCUCGAAAGCACCUAGCUGGCUGAUUGGGCCUUCUUCGACAGCUCCCGGCUCCGGUGAAAAACAAGCUGCGCGGAUCGAUGAACAUAAGAGAGAGAAUGGCGCUGAUUUUUCCGGUAGACAAGUAGAGGCGACUCACCACUCUCGGGCAGGCGAAAACCACAUUGCACCUGCUACCACAACGGAUGCUGUCGACAAAAUCCGACCUCCACCAGCGCAACGAGAUAAAAACGAUAGCACUUCAUCAGGGAAGCGACCUCCACCAGCCACAUCGUCUCCGACGCGCGAUGGCCGUGCCAUCGGUAGGCGUUUCCUAGAUAGUGAAUUGCCCAUCUUUAGCGGAGAAGAACACGAUCACAGUUUGGAAAGGAGACACAACUACAGCAGGCUCCCGUCAGAUUUACCGCGGCUGGAGAAAGUUAAUUAUUCUAGUGCGACCGGAGCAAGAAGAGGAACAACGAGGGGUCCACCGGUUCCGCCUUCUGACAUCAACAGUGGGCAGGACGGAGUGAACGCCAUAAAUGAGAGACGAGUGCUGGAUACCAGCAUGCGGCUACGAGUGCCACAAGCACAAGCCCAACCCCAUCAGCACGAGCAGCAUCAAACACCGGGGGCGCCGUCGUCGGCCACACUGUCGAAAGACUUAGGGCUUGCUAUCGGAAGAGCCAACGAGCAACAGGAGAGCAGAGGGGCGACGUCAAUUAUGGUCAGGAGAGAUCAUGCGGCUCCUUUUGACGACCUGCCAAAGCUGUCUGCUCGGUCGAGGGCGACCAGUAAUUACAUGAGGCACGAGACAGCGUCGCUCCUUGCCAACGACGAAGACGAAAUAGGGCGCAUUCAUAGGGUUGAGAGCUUACAUUGUAUGGCAAAUACCGGCGCACGCCCAAACAAAUUAUUUUCAAGUGGUGCAGCAAGUUCCAACGAACACGAAAACUGCAGAGGCGGAGACAGAGCUAUGACGAGGGCAGUCUCUGCACUACAUCACAUAACAAAUAUGGACGGUCGCGGUACUACCACUAGUUCUCGUGGUACUAUGUCUGCUCGAGAUGAGAUGCCGGAUCACACACAUGGGAAUGUUUUUGGGACUAUAACUACAACCAUUGGAGGACGAGAAGGUCUUGGACAAAGUAGGCUUCGACGAGCUUCAUCUCCGCGCAACAUUAGGGACCGGUAUUUGCCUCAAGAGCGCAACGCGGGUCAACAAAGCUACACAGGUGCGCUUGCUGCACCUCCGCCACAAGCACAGCAGGGCCUGUCGUCGGCAAGCACGUCGCGAACGGCGACAGCAAGACGAAUCGUGCGGGUGUCUUCACUUCACGAUCAGGAAGAAUUGUUUCUUUCGGGCUCAGAACGCAGAGCUCCCCCGCCGCAACAUUUUUCUGAGACGGCUGCUGUUCCUGCGUCUGCCCGAGGGUUUACCCUUGGCACCACGCGUCGUGGCUCCGCUUUCGGGACGCUUUCGCCACUACCGUCGCGUGCGGACGACCUCCAGAAUCUCGCAGUUUCCACGAGAGAGCGUAGAGAACCUCGCGGCGAUACGAGCCUCCUUCUAUUGGGAGAAGCUGCCCGCUCAAAAGCGCAUAGCAGAGUCGCGUCACCUUUUGAGCAUUCGUCGACCUCAGAUCAUGAGCUUGCAGCAUUUCGUUUCGAACAUCGGAUGUCCGAAUCAACAGCAGCCAGAAUGAUACCCUCCGCGUCUUCGUCGUCUACUUUGCUUCCAAAUACGUUGGGCCAUGAGAGAUCUAGACUCGGAGGCGCUGUAUCAAAUUACAGCACUGGAGGGAGUGGAAUGGUGCGGGUUCAGGGCGAUCGGAAUCCAUCUUCAGCAUCGUAUGGCAACUUGUCCUUUGAGCAGAGUUAUCCGGUUGGUGGGGUUGCCUCGCAGAUGCGCGCGAGCCACAGAAUCGAUCGUCCUGGUCAACGCUCCGGCGUCACGAAAAACAUAGGACAAGGAGACGUCCUCCAGCGGAGGUCGAAUAUUGACCACUACUAUCGCAGGAUGGACGCCCCGAGCACCAUAACUGGGGAGGCAAAUCAAAGAAGGACCCGAGCGCAGACCCUCGCUGACGAAGAGGAGGACCGCCACAUCGAAAGGGUUCUGGAGGAAAAAGCGGCUUUAUUCGCGCCCCGCCCGCGAGCAAAGAGACAAGACGAGAGUACAGAGCAAUCACUUGCCAUUCCAUUGAAUGCAGUGCUCACGCCGGGACGCGACGUAAUUCGACCGAACAGGGACGGGAAUUUGUUGCUGCAACAAGACCACGCGCGCGGAAUACGCCAUGAGAGUGAUAGCACUAGCAUGGCGGCGCCCGCGAGAAAGCGAAGUAUGAUUGGCCGCGCCAGCGAACAUCAGCGCGGGUCGCCUAGAAUAUCUCUUGUUUUUCAGGAGGACAUUUUGAUGGAGCAGCAAACAAAGACAGGCGAAAAAAGAGAGAGACAGGGUGCAGAAGUUCAAUUAUUUUCACAGGCCCAACCCCAACGGGGAGGGGCACAAAUUGAAGUACCACAAGAAAGGAUGCCCCUUCUUCCGGGACCACUGCAGGAAACCAGUGCGCGAGCUGGUGUAUUCGCGUCAAGGUUGGACACGGACCCUCUCGUCAGGGGUCAUGAGACGCGGACCCCUGCUGAUGCGCCUGUGCUGAGGCAAGGAGGGGAAGGAGGAAGAGAGGGAUCCACAUGCAUCAUCGCACCGCUCGAGCCAGCCUCGAACAAUGAAAGUAUGCGCACCAACCUGCGAGGACGUCAGAAGUCAUUAGAUAGAAGUGAGCCAGCAGAACGGAAAGAGUAUGAGAGCCACGAGGACCCCCGGAAGAGCAAGAGACGGUCGUUAGGUCAAGAAAGUGAAACGCACAGGACGCGGCAGAAAGAGGCAGUCCCAGGGGCGAAUGAUGUCUCACGUUCCUCUCCACAAGAUAGGGUAGAUAUUCUCCGCGUAGUAGAGCAACAAGCAUCACAAGAACAUGUGAAGUUCUCAUCAAGUGGAGACCAUUUUUCACCUCCUGCAGGCAAGCAGCGGAGCUCUGUCAUAGACCGGCAAGGCCGACAGGAUGCUGCUGAGACUCCUCCCGCAUCCGCUGCGAAAACUUUAACGAAGCAUGUCGAGCAACAGGAACAAGAAAAUUACACGAACCGCGCACCGACCGCAUUCAUAGGUGCUCCUGGCGCUGUAAGGUCCCGCGCGGCUUCUAUGAGCGAAUUUGAAUUGGACUCGUCUAUCUCCCCUUCCAAGGAACCCGAGGACAAACGGCGAGAACGCAGCAAUUUGCAAAAAGCAGCGAAUCGCAGGAGGAUGAAUCGAGCGCCAAGCGACGAGGGCUGCCCUCCCCGGCCGUCUUCAGGAACACUCAAGACCAUAAUUGCAGACAAUAUCCAAAUCUUUACCGGAGGUACUGUUCUGGGAUCUCCCACUCCGUCGUCAUCGGAUAUGAAUGAAGAUGCGGAUCAUUCUGCAUCCGGGCAACCACGGCAAGCCGCACCGCUGCAGCCUAGCCCGCCUACGACUACCCGCUCGAUCGAUAACGAGAGCCUCCGGCGGAGGCUUGAAGAGCUGAAGAAAAAAAUGGGCCACCUGCUCGUUGAACGAGGUGGAGCAAUAGAGGACAUUCGCGCCGAUCGUGAAGUGCCAGUUUCAGCAGAGCGGCCGCCAAUGGAACGCAGUGAGUCCGCACGAGACGAAUCAUCUCAACGUCCCGUGAAAAAAGCAAAGCUCGUCGCGUCGUCCGAGGCCGGCGGCUUGGUGUCCGCAGGGGCUGCUGCUAGCGACGUUGCAUCUCGUUCAAGCGUAGAGGCACCAUUGCAGCAAGCACGAGAAUCACCGCCAAUUUCGAGUCCCUCAUCUUCAUCUGCCAUGCUUUCACGUGGUACGGUGAUAGCCUCUAGUCGAAAGAACGCAACCGAUCAUGUGAAGAGGGGGACGACAAAUAUUGCCACCAGCGGGAAUGCUGCGUCUUCGUCGAAAAGUGGAAGUCUGCGUGCGUCAAACGAAUCUAACCUUCAAGUGGGUGUCUCAUCCGUUCUGGCAGGAGCGAAAGAACUCCCCCGGUCUGUCGGGCCGCCUCCCGGAAUGUCCGGUAACGCGCCGGGAUCAGCCGGUUCUUCUAGCUGUGCUCGGGGUGAAUUGAUCCUAGUGGCGUCAAGUAGACCCGUCAUGGCUCCUGCUGACCCUUCUCCGUCCGGUAAGCAAGUGGGCUCAACGGGUCAUGGUCAACCGGCGCCUGGCGCAGGUGCAGUGCCUGCGGUGCGUGGUGAUGUGGGCCAGCGGUCAGCGAAUAGAGAAAGAAUUGAGGGCCAUGCUCAUGCUGAUAUUCCACGAUCUACUGCAGAUGAAAAACAAUGCGAGGGCGCUCGAUCCUCAUCUGCGGAGAAAGGACUUGGAAGGGAACAGCCAGAGCAAAAACGAGUGGCGAUGGGAGAAGAUGGCAAUUCCGAAGGAGAUAUAGACCUCGACUCGGACGAUGAUUAUGAUUCAUAGAUUUUUGCCUUGUUCGUGAAUCGUGAGCACUGUACUCAGGUUUUUGGCUGCGCCACAACGAAUUAUACUUGAAAAGUUUUCGCAUUCGCAACAUCCGGGAGAGCCCAAAUUUUCUUGAUCAGCGUCCUAAGAGGAGGCAUUCACGUUGUAUGUUUAGAGAGAGGUAAAAAAAAAACAGUGAUGCGAGGACUGGCCGCCGAAAGCUCCUUUCUAUUCUCUGUCGUCUACUAAGAUAAAAAAGAGGACGAGGAUGCCCAAGCAGAGGGGCAAAUAUCGGCGAAGAGGCCUCUAGGCUUUGAAGGGAGGAGCGGAAGUCGGGACGACAACGACGGCCCCGAUAAUUUUGGAGGGGGGCGUCCUUUCUUGCGUAGCGCUGCAACGGGGAAGGUGACAUCAUCGAGCACUGCUGAUCUGAACACUUCUGCGACUGAGAAAGGGACCGGUAGGACAAGUGGGACCACUACCGGGGGGAAACAACAUGGACGAGAGCCGGGCGUAAAUUGUGACUCUCCUUGUACCACGACGCCGCCACGGUGCCGUGGAAGUGUCGCGGUUAACCAGCAGGAAACCGGCUUCCAUAAUACAGGUUCAGCAUUCACGCCGCGGGACUCGCAGAAGGAGUCAGCGACCCUUCAACUCGAAAAGAAUCUUACCGGUCAGAAAUAUCAUGGAGGGGGUGCGCCGAAAAAAAAAGGCUAUCUAGCCUGUCCUAAUUCGCAGACCUGUGAAACUACCUGGAGAACUGCAAAUCAGUAUAGCGGAAAAGCGGAACAAACACAAACCAAUACCGGUGAAGCAAGUGGUGCGCCUUCUGCUAGUGAAAAUAAUGUAAUUAUUGGGGUUGUUGAGCAUGGCGUAGAAGUAGAUAUACUUGGGGUAGCUGGGACCGCGGCACGAUGUGCACAAGAUGGUGCAGCUACGGAUCGUGAUAGGCAUGUCGACAACGGGGCCGACCCUGCAGCUGCACCGGCAGGCUACCAAGGAAGUUGGGCAUUUGAGACGAGAGAUGCAGCCAGCGAAGCAUAUUCACCUUCAUCUCAAGCCUUGUGCUUGUCGUGGUACUGCUUCCGUCCAAUCGUUUGUGCUUUCACAGCUUCGCGUUCUCUGGUUGCCCUGUAAUUUUCUGAUAGUUGAUUUUGUGCUGUAUGUUGAAACUUGACCAGGUGGGUGCGUUAGACAUGAGGAUGAGAUACAUGACUAUGAUCAUGACGAUGCCCUUGGUGACAGCCCUAACCCCACAGCUAUAAUGAACCGAUGAUCGCUUCUGAUCGUAGCCUGUGCUCCCUCAUGCUCCUCACUCGAUCGAUGUCAUGCCCUCUCGGUUGAGCUGAAACUGACACACUCACGUUAGCGUCCCCUGCUGCUGUAGUGGUCAUCUCUGCUGUCUUCUUGUAGGUUUUGCUGUCUUGUUGCAAGCUGUAAGUUCUUACUCGCUCCUACCCGCUGCUCCACCGCCCUCCCAUCCUUCGUCAUCCGCCCAUCCUUCGUCCCAACUCUCGCCAACUCUAGCUACGGCGGACAUCCGUAACGCUUCCGACGAUUCUGUUGGCCCUAGUUUUAUUUACUCAAAGAAUCACACGACUUUCUCCAUGAUUAAAAUAAAUGAAAUAAACUCAGUGGGAGCGCCGUUGGGCGUCGAAUGCCAGGCGAUCAUCGGAUCCGCCAGAUGCAGCAGGAAGAUGAGCGAGGUGUUAUCGUAAUGGAUGGAGAACCGGUUCAGAUAUCGCAAUCGUCCUCAGCCUCAUUGUCCGCUUCAAGAAAGGUGGGCAUAUUGACUAGAGCUGAGUGCAGGAACGCGAUAGCCACGCUGUGCCCUGAUAGUGAUUUGGUUUCAUCGUAUAAGCGAGAUUUUAUGGAUUCGGAUGUGACAGAUCACGGUGGCAACAGGGAUGAACAAGAACAAGGAACCUGCAGCAGCAGCGCUUUGGGGGAAUAUAUGGCUUUUCUGGAUCUUUUUCCUGAAGCAGCAGAAAAACUGCAUGGUAUCGGGGACGAAGCCAACAUGGCUUUUCGCUCAGAAAAUGACUGGGCGCAGAGACCGAUAAACACCAGGAACCGGGCAAGACAAGCGGCGCUUAGCAUCACAGAGGUAGGACACAGCAACUAUCCAGGGGCCGCAUCAAGCGACGAUGAAUUUGACGAUCAUAGAGAGGAAGGACAAGAAAGGAUGAAGCGCUGCCUUCAAAAAAUUGAUGACGAUUUGGAGAUGAUGAACAAGAGUGGAGAAGCUACAGGGUCCAGCACGAGAAGAACGACGACCACACGCUCGCCGCAUAGCGAGGAGCAAGAGGAGCUUGACGAAGAUCAUCACAUUAAUUGUGGUAUGUUGAUUGAUCGUCGACCUCGCCCUCGGCGUGCUGUCGAUUCUUCUACAUUGGUGGAGGGAGAAAAGCGUCGUCUGGACCACCAGAGCCUUCCAAAUUUGACGCUUCUAGCAGCAGGUUGCGGUGGAAGGACAUUGAAAAGUAUGCUGGAGAGGCUGGCUGCAGGCUUUUCUUCAUCUGGUGGAGAUGAGACGUGCGUGGCGGUGGAGAAUGUUAUUCUCAGUGGGUCCUACGACAUUGCCCGUUGUUGCUACGAUGAUGCUGUUGAAUACGCUCCUCACGAACAAGAGGAACAAGAAGAGCGGCCGCGCUCCCUUAGUUUCUCCGACGGUGGUGAAGGAUCAUGUGAUGAGCGCAAACCACAGAACAACAACAAAGCAGUGGCGGGUCUAAGUCGCAGCUCAUCUUCGAAAAGCUUUGUGUUUCCCCCAUUGUUGCCCAGCGAUGAGGAAAUAAGGGUCCGGCGGGAGAGAUUUAAGGCUGAGUUCUACGCCUGGCUUCAAUGGGAUUUUUCGGAGGAAGUGCAGAGACGGGCAGGGGAGAGCAGCACUCCUCGACCGCGAUUGUCAGCGACCCCCAUUGGAACGGCGGCGGGAACAAGCGAGGGACGCAAAUGCCUUCUGAUUGAGGGAUUGCCACCGCGAUUAACUAUGGCCGACCGCGCUUACCUGUGUAGCCUUGUGAAUGCCCAAGUGGUUGCUUUGCUGUUGCCUGGAGGUGCAAACUCUUCUCGACAGAGCAACGCUCUUGAAAAAAAGCAAGUGCACGACAUAAACCUUCAUCAAACAUCUGAGCGCAUUCCAGGGUCGGCGCCAAGAAUGGCAAAAUCGCCUCUCUCGAAAGCAAGCGUACUGGCUUUCUAAUAUGUAUGCAAGUAAGUGAAUUGCUUACAACUACUUGCUCUCCUAGUUGUACGGGCAUUGCUGGCCUCUUCGUGCUAAUGGUAUGACACGAAUAUCCCGAAUCAGAACUCGUACUCGACCACGUUUUAGUGUAGUUGUUAGUACCCGUUCGAUGUCCUCUCGCCACCUCCGUGGUUGAAUAGAUAAUGUCAAUCUUCUUGUCACGACAUCUUCAGGUUCGAGCUGCGACUUUUCAGAGAAGAUGUCAUGUGUAUUCCGUAACAGAAAUGUCGGAGCUUUCUCUGCCUCGCGGUUACGCGAGCGAUGAGUGUGGAGAUUCCGAUACGCCACUGUCGCGUAUACACACUCCCCCGGAGCGGUUAGAAGACCACCAAGAGUACCAGCAUGAUACUGCUUGCUCGGGGUCGGGCGGGAGGAGCCGUCGCUCAACACGUACCGGGCUUCAGAGGCAAACUUUAGGAGGCAUUACCGUGGAGGAGGAAGGAGUGCACGAUCACGUUGACGACGGCGAGAAGGUGGAGGAGGAGGACGACGACGAGAUCGAACGGCCAGUCGGCAUAGCGUAUCCCAGGCUGCAGCAUAAAAAAGUGGAGAAGAACUUGAGGAGGAACAAAAACUACACUUCACGUCGUGGCCACCGGCGCAGAAUAUGGCAACAGAAGCAAAAUGGAAAGAUGACAUACAAUGCCGCGAGACCUUCGCUGCUACAUGAGAAUACUAGAAAAACGACAACCGCUUCUAGAUCAAAGACGAAGACGACUAGUCAACGUCAAGUAGCCGCCGCUUCGGGCCGUGAGUAUGGUUCCAACACUUCUUUUACUACAUCGUCUAACAAAAAAAGAAGUGAUUGGCAGCAAACAGCCCUAGCGGCUCUCGAGAAAGAGAGUUUGCCAGUGUUGAAAGCGAGCUCGGGAAGUGGAACUGACAAGCAUCUUCACGCACGUUAUGUAAAUAAUAAUACAUACCGUGUUGAUGAAACCAGAGCACCAGGAGGUCAGCCAUCCUCCACAACGAAUAGUCGUGGGCAAGGAUCCUCUUCUUGUUCUACGUCUACCGCUUGUAACCACAACAGGACCAGUCGUGACGCGAUAAUUCGUUCUGAUCAUCAUGGUGCCAAGUCGGGUCUUAGACGACAGCAGGAGAAACUUCAACGUCUCCGCAUCCAAGAGAUCAGAACCCAUCUCUUUUCCACCGUCACGGUAUAAUGUUUUUUUGUACUUGCUAGCUCAUCUACAUCAGUGCUGUAGCUUUACUUACUUAGCAUUCAACGACAACUAGUACUCUGUGCAGUCGUUGUACUUGUUGUCGUAGCUAAAGCUAAAAGUCACCAAGUAUAUCUGUUCAUGCUGCUUUUAAUAAAAAUAUUCUUCACACACAUUGAUUGCUCGAUCUGUUUUUGGGAAGCGCAGUACCUACAACUAAUUGCCCUUUUUUUUCGUUCGUUCUCCUUCUUCAUAGUUACAUCAUCAUUAUGAACUUGGCAAGAAAAUAACAAUCUGUUGGUUGUUCCAGAUUAUUGUUUUUUAAGUUUGCAAAUAAAUUCUACUACUCCACAAGCAGAAGCAUGACUCAUUCAUUAUGAAUCAAUUGAUGACGUUGAUGAACGUGUUGACAUUCGCAUUCUCAUUCUUCGUCUCCUCUAAAUGAGUGAGCCAUCACUCAUCAAGGAAGAGAAGAAGGACGUAUUCUUGUGGAUGCUGUGGAGGUGCGAAGAAUAGUGGACUUAAAAACGUUGGCACGGACCUUGGCAGAGUCAAACGUAUUUUUCUUAAAAACGUGGAUCAACAACAACAUGACCAUAUCUUGAUCUUGCGCUGCACAUGAUGAGGAUGAGUGGUCCAUGCAUCAUGUUGCUGAACUGCAAAGCACAGUUCAUAAUCAAUGCAGAGACUGCUCGUCUGCAAUAAGUACAUAGGAACGUGCAUCAACAAUUCAAAAUUAGUAUGUAUUUGGGAGAAGCUUACGACAACGACUGACAACUCCAUCUGCUGCAUAUUAAUAUAUAGAAAUAUAUGUUUUAUAAUUGUCAACAAGCUCUACCUCUACCUCUAGUAGUUCCAGCUAAACCUAACUGGCGAUAUACUCCACUUGUGGCACCACCAUUUUAUUCGCCGUGGUUGAUCGUAGUUGUCCCACACCCAAUUCAUCCACCCCUAGUGGAUUGUUCACCACCUGUCUAUCCCGUCACCGUCUUCAUGAUGGCAACAACCAAUCAUGUUUUUUGCUUUUUUAGUCUGUGCGAGUCUGUGAAUAUGUAAAAACACGAACAAUAAUUAAAUAUAGUGUAAUGUACGAAACCAGUUCUGUACCUACAAACACAUCAAAAAGAAACCAACGACUGAGAUGAGAGAGCACCCGCUUGUUCGUAAUUUAUUCAAGGCUUUUCUUGAAAUAUAUAGCGUUUCUGUAUGAAUGUUGUUCGGCGGGCACGGGUGCAGUCCAAGGCAGCGCGACCAAAACCUACUUUUUCUUGCCUUCAUCACCUCAAAACAUCUUCCUUGCCCAAAAGCAUUUCCAUAUUUAUUCGUCUGAUGACGAGCGGGACCACAAGAAUGAGUGACGUUGUACUAUCUUGUCUUCGGCAAGAAAACAUUUUGCAUCUUCUGCAGAUGAUGAAACAGAAUAUCACAUCAAUAUUCACUCAUGUUGGUCAUCAAGAAUUUGCGACGAAAUCGGAAAACACACUUGAGUUUGCGUAAGGAGAUGAAGCAGGAAUCCAGCCUGGUCAUACUUACAUGCCCAGCCUCGUGUCUUUGCUUCCAAAGGAGGUAUUUCGUAGAUGUGGAGAGAAAAACAGAAAUGUAGCGCUUUUUGUACAUUAUUCGUCUCAAAAUGGAAGUUUUUCAUUUUGAGACGAAUAUUGCCCAGCUGAUCCCUGCGCUUCAUGUGCGUUUUUUGGCGAAAAUGCCACUUUUCUAUAUUCGCUUUUGGCAUAAUUUUAC